GCAAGUUUUAGAAAUAGAAAGGGGAAAGUAGUGGAUAGACAGAACCAGGAGAAUGAACCGGUUUGGUUAACAAUAAAAACCGUGGAAUCACAUUGUAGGGCAUCAUCAACUUAGUGAGCGGGAAGGAGCGGCUCCAAAGAAAUUCAAAACUCAAAAGAACACAACACAGCCGUUGCUCAAAAUUGCUUAUAUUCUCUCAUUAAUUACAUCUCUGCCCCCAAUCCUUUAUAUUCCCUUUCGCCCCCAUUCUCCUUCAGAUUCAUCUUUUCUUCUUUAUUGCUCAGUUUUUUUUUUAAAGAGGAUGGCUCGGAUCGAAUACUCUGACAAGUACUUCGAUGAUACUUACGAGUACAGGCACGUCGUACUUCCUCCAGAGGUUGCUAAGCUUCUCCCUAAGAAUCGCAUCCUCGCCGAAAGUGAAUGGAGAGCAAUAGGAGUGCAGCAAAGCCGUGGAUGGGUCCAUUACGCUAUUCAUCGCCCUGAGCCACACAUCAUGCUCUUCCGGAGGACUCUCAACUACCAGCCUCCAAAUCCCAUUCCUAAGUAGAUUUUAUUUGGUUUAUAUGUCUCGCUCGCGUAAACACACACUCUCUGUUUCAUCUCUUUUUAUUUUAUUUGUGUUCUUGAAUUCUCUCUUCGGUGGAGAAUUGUUUUUUGAGUUGUAGACGAACCACUUUAUCAUGUUUGGCAUCUUCAACUUCUACAUGUUUAAUCAGACUAUCUUAUUCAUUAAUCAGUGUGUUCAUCAGACUA